AUGAGGGCACGGUGGUUGGGCACAAAGGAUUGUAAGCACUUUGUCAAGCCGGGGGUGCAGGAUACCAGCCCGCUUCAAAUGUCGUUCAGGCUACAGCAAUGGCCCGCACAUUCAAACGUCCCUCUAGCACCUGAUCCUACGCCCGAUGCUUCCUGUUGGCAUGCAAUGCUGCGCGCGACUCUUCAGGCAGGAGUGUUAAAAACGAACAACUUGUGGUGGGGUCUUUUGGCUUUCGUCGACGUUCUGAAACUCGGGGCGAGGAGCCUCGUCGUCGGGAGUGGCUGUCUCACGCGUCAGACUAGCCCAUUCCCUAGCAGCCUGCGGUCUCUGCCCACGCUGCAGCCACGACCCGGAUUGAGUUCCUCGGGGGUUCGUUCCCCGAGCGUACCGGUCGGCGCUCGUUUGCUUCGUCGUUCCGGGGAGCUGAGAUUGAUGUGUCAGGCUGGUUGUACGCGCCACGACUCCUCUUCCGAGGGGCCAGUAUGGAUCAGAACUGUGACAUGGCGGGGAGCCGUUCUUGUUGAGCGACCUAGCGCGGCCCGGCGACCACGCCACCCGCUGCCUCACUUCCAAGCGACGGCUGCGUGGCGGCUUCUGGAGGCGGCUUUAGCGACCAGCCGAGCUGCAAGUCGGCUGCCGACCGGAGUCUGCCUCGGGCGUCGCCGUGCCUCGCGGCGUGAUCAAUCAGGUGCAUCGCAGCGAAGCGGUUCCCCAUCGAGAGACGGACCGGGACGGAUAAGACUGCGCUCGAGAAAAACCCUUUCUUUCCUUACAAGACGAAUCCGCAUCAAGAGACGGACUGGGACGGAUAAGACUGGUCUAGGAGAGACCAGCGCCCUCGGUGCCGGUGAUGAGGUGGGCACCCUUGGCCGCGACCGCGUGAGAGUAGAAGCGCUCGAGCGAACUCUUCCUUUCCUUACGAGAUUGGCCGUGCACGCCGCGCCUCCCUGUCCGGGGGCCCACUUCGAAGCAGAAGGCGCCUGGCGUUUAAUUUCUCGGUUUGGCAACCCUGGCGACCCAGAAAGCCACGCCGCAGUUGCGGCUUCGCGCUGCUUGCCCUGCCGACCGAUCGAGGUGGUGAACGGCUGCGAUAUCCACCACGGUCGCCAACCGCUCGGGGGCUUGCAGAACAGGCGGCAAGUUACGGAGCCCCGCCCAGCAGCGGUCGCCGCCCGUUCUACACGGAGAGCGCACGAUGCUGACGUGCAUCAGCUAAAGGCGUCGCAACGCCUCGGCUGGUUCCUCGAAACGCACGGCGGGAGAUCACCCCUUGGGAGGCCUAUGUACAGCCGUUCCGUCUGUCGGGCGGAACGGAAGGCGGCCGCCAGCUUUUACAGUUGCCACGGGUUCACGCCGUGGGGUUUGCCUCAGCUAUUGUGGCGGAAAGAUCUGGAUUUGUAUUUAUGGCCGGCCGUGUUGGAAGAACGAAUAAGUGCUCUUUAG